AUGUUAAGUUUAACGCUCAUACAAGCUGUUUGGAUUGGAAUUUCUAUUUUGAGCUUUUCGGGAUUUCAUUGCACUAUAGUUGGAUUAGCAUCAACUGAUGAUGAAUGCAAACAACUUGGGAAAAAGGUUGAUAAACUUUCAAAUACUGUUGUAGAACAGCAAAGAGAUCUCAGAGAUCAAGCUAUUGAAAUAGGUGCUUUAGAGAGAAACGCUAUUAAAUUGGAAAUUCUUGUUGAACAAUUAAGCAAGAAAUGUAAUAAAAAGUGUAAAGUAAAGAAAGUGAAAGGACCUCCUGGAGCAAUAGGUCCUCAAGGACCGAAAGGUGACAAAGGGCUGAAUGGGGCGGAAGGUCCACAAGGACCGAAAGGUGACAAGGGGGUUACCGGGACAACAGGUUCAAAAGGGCAAAAAGGUGCGAAGGGUGACCAAGGGCCAAAUGAGCCAAAAGGUACACCACCAUGUAUCAUUUGUCCAAAAGGGCAGAAAGGUGAUCGAGGGCCGACAGGGGCAACAGGUGACCGAGGGCUGACAGGGGCAACAGGUGACCGAGGGCCGACUGGGGCAACAGGCCCAAAAGGACCAAAAGGUGCAACGGGUGACCGAGGGCCGACUGGAGCAACAGGCCCACAAGGGCCAAAAGGUGCAACAGGUGACCGUGGGCCAACUGGGGCAACAGGCCCACAAGGGCAAAAAGGUGUAACAGGUGACCGAGGGUCGACUGGAGCAACAGGCCUACAAGGGCCAAAAGGUGCAACAGGUGACCGUGGGCCGACUGGGGCAACAGGUCCACAAGGGCCAAAAGGUGCAACAGGUGACCGAGGGCCGACAGGGGCAACUGGUGGAACGGGAAGCAUUGGUCCGAAGGGUCAAAAAGGUCAAAAGGGUGAACAAGGAAACAUUGCGAAUAGUUGCCAAUGGACAACUUGGUCGCCAUGGAGUUUUGGUCGUUGUUCUAGAACAUGUGGCUUUGGAAUUCGUCUGGGUACAAGAACGAGAAAAUCCAGUCAUUGUGGUGGUAUAGAUACAGAAAAAUUGACCAAGUUAUGUAUAAUAGAGCAAUGUGACGACCCGGAACUGGUACACGCUUGUGGACUUGAUCUGAACUUAAUAAUAGAUAUGUCAAAUUCCAUUAGCGCUUACAUAGAUAAAGUGAAAAUCCUGAAAGCAAUAAGUAAAAUGGAAAUGAACCCAAAGAAGGGAAGAGCUAGGCCUACCUUUCUUGCUUUACGAGAGGCCAGAGAACAGUUAACAACUGAAAAUGGACGUAGACGAGGCAAAAAGGCUGUUACCCUACUGGUGACAAAUGGCGUCACUUAUCCGCAUUCCAAGUCAUCUGAGACUAUAAAGGAAGCCAAGCUAUUGAAGGACCCAAAGAGUUACCAAGAAGGAGUUACCCCACCAACUGUAUUUUUGGUAAAAACUCCAAAUCUUCAAGAAACUUCAGAUGGAAUGUCAGCCGUACAAAAGGCCAUGUUGCAAAAAAUCAUGAGCACUGAAUUUGCAGCGAUACCGUCACCAGGCGCGGAACAUCUUUAUAUACUCGACAGUUUCGAUGAGCUCAAUGAUGUAAUUGUUCCUAUUCUCCGAUCAUCGUGCGGGGAUUUAUAAUAACGCUAUAAUUUCACUUCUAUCUGCAAUAAAACGAGAAUGUAACUUCCAUGAUUUGUUGAUUUUAUUUUUAUUUUCAUGGUUUUAGACGCAGUGGACACGGAUAAUUUUGGUAAAGUACAGUAGCAUGACAUCUUGCCAAGAAAUGUCAAUAAUUUCGGAUGAUGUAUUUUUGAAUUUUUGAAAAGCUGUUCAAUCUAAGACAAAAUAAGCAACCCCGUGCAAUGUCUAAAAAAUUCUUUACAGUACAAGCGUGGUGUAGCCUAACUUUGGUUUUGAAAAACAGCAAUUUCUCAUUAAGUCAGUUGUUUGUGGUUUAUGAUUCUUCAUUGAUUCUUAGAAUACUAAUGUCUACUUUCAACGUUUUUGAAAAAUACAGACAUUUACACCCUGGAAUAAUUUUUGAGGUGGUACUUUGUCAUGUAUAAUUCCUGGAAUAAAUGUUCAAUCAUCUUAAUAUUUACAGGAUAACAGUAAUCAAGUUACUUGGUACGUCUGGCAAAUUCCAUUUAAAUUUGUCUUCCCUGCUGCUAUGUCAACAGCCUUUGUUUGUAAUAAAUGUGCAUAUAUAUAAUAGUUAUUAUGGAU